CCUGCUUUGAAGCAUGGCUAGUAUCCUUCAAAAAUAUGCAAUUUGCAUGGGAUACACUGAAAAUGUACAGCCAUUUCUCCACUAUGGUAGACCUUCCAGCUAGGCUUUGGAGGCAUAUCUCGCUCCAUGCGUGUGGAGACUAUCUGCACCAGCACAAAGGCCGUCGGGGCGGUGAGCUUCUGCAAGACUUCGUGCUUUCCACCAUACCUCAAUAAGGAUAUUGUCCUAUGCAGCACCAUGCAUGUAACCUUGAGGGAUGUCCUUUUGAUGAGACUAGACCGGGCUUGUGCUGACCCGGAGCGAUUACAGAUGCCUCCUGGGUCCUGGGAGCCAAUUGCAGCCACAGUCAGAACUUCCAUUUUGCCCAACGGUAAAGACAACCUACCUUGUCUGGAAGCGGCAGCCUUUUCGCUUCGAAAGGGCCGGGAAGGCGAUGGAAGCAGACCAGCAGAAAAAACAUACCCAGACACACUCUUUGUUUGGAAUAGCAGAAUUUCCUAUGCAGGUCCAGCCCUGCCGGCCAGGAUUGUGCUGCUGCAGCCUUAUGUCUACUGCGCAACAUAAAGUGUCCGCAGGGGUAUGCAGAGGUCCUUUAGGACCACACAGCCUCACCCAGAACUGACAUACGAUGGUGUUUCAGGAGACUGGCUUCGACCAUUGCAAUCUGAUCACCUUAUAGAUAACUCCGAUGAGCAGUGUUCGAGCCGCGGGUCUGAAGGAUGUUACGGCCCUUGCGAACACUUGUGUGCGCCUUUAUUUCUCUUUCUCAACUUGAUGUCUUAUCUUUUGAUACAAACCGGGGUCCGUGUAUACGCCGUGAGGUAUGCUGUGGGAAGUAUCCAAAGCGCGUAAGCAGUUGUAGCGACUUACCGGUGCGAUGCCUGGCCGAGUAGGCCCGCAGGUGCCGGGUUUCCUGGGCGGAUUCAACCCUGGGAUUUGCCCUCAUCCUGCAGGGAUUCGGUCUGUUAUCAAGAACUGUAUGGUAUGACUACCAUUGAUUUUACUUCAUAGUCAAGUACAGUUGAACGCAGACAUCGGCUGUCGACAGACAGAGAGAUCGAAGAGGAGAUCGAUUGGUCGACGCCGUUGGCCCCUUUCCUCGCAUCCUGAGCACAUAUCAAGCCUAGUGCAGUAUCAAAGAAAUCAAAUCUUGAGACAAAUGAGGGUAGUCAGAAUGAUUGGAGCCUGGAGAGUAGAACGGGGAUUGACCGGAAGAACCACCAGGCAUGGAUCGUCUACGAUUUGAUCGUGGCGGAGUUUCGAAGACAUAAACCCGAACCGGUGAUGUGGAGAAUACGUCGCUCCCCGUGAUAUACCGCCGGGCGUACCUGAUUCGCUGUCAAGGGCUAAGGGAUGGUAUGCAGCAGGCCAUGACGGUUGAUGGCGGUGAUGGCGGCCGCGUCGGAUGCAGUGGUAAGGUAAUGGUGGUGGUGGUGGUGGUUGUGGUGGUUGUGGUGGUGUAGCGCAGGCAGGCAACAUGCAGUUUACGGACGAAGGUGGUUGCAUGGACGUGCACUGGCAGUGGGAAAAGGCGGAUGCGCUCAGGUGCAAAGCGUGGCCGUGGCUGCGGGAGAGACUGCGCAGACCGCCCCUUCUGCUCAGGGCAGCGACAGGCUAGAUCGGAUCGGGCUAAAGCAGCGACCGGGGCGCAGCCUGUUUACGACGUUGCAGUGGCAGCCAAUUCGUGCCAUUUCGCCCGCUCAACCACUCGUCUUCACUGCCCGUCACCCUCGUCUCUGGCAAGCGGCCCAAAAUGCAUCUCUGCAGUCCUAUUUCCGUGCCAGCCCGGCUUGCUGUUCGCCGCCAGUGCCUCCACGGCCCCCGGUUUCCUCUGCAUUUCGGGUCCUCUCUUUCCACCGACGUGGGACACGCUAAGAACCCCCUUGUCCCGGUCCCAGGCGGUCAACUGAGGUUGACGCAUGCCCGUGCUGCUCGCUCUGAGGAGCCCCGUUUGACGCCCUGUCAGGCAGGGCAGCCGUAGGGCGCAGGCAGGUCGCGAGCAUGGAUAGAAAUCCCUCUCGUGCGUGUCGACCGAUGCUAGAGGUGUGUGGACAUGUGGCCUGCUGCCCAUGGUCUCGUUAUGACCCCGGUUGGACUUUUGUUGCGUCCUGUUACAGUGGAUUACUCAACCUCCCAAAAGCCACGCUCUAGGACUGUUCAGGGUAAGCGUUGUAUUGGCUGUUUCCGCCUGUUGACAAACGUUGGUUAUAUAUCGGGGAACAGUUCAGUUCGGGCGUCCCAUGCAGUGCAUUUGUUCAUGCAUCUCUGGUCAACCAGACUUCUGUACACACGACUAUUAAGCCCCCGACUAUUCCCUCUUGUUUCUCCCAGAUUCUUUGCACCUGACAGACCGGACAAACGGUUGUACUCGACUACCAGCAGCUCUGUACAAUAUUGUAUACAUAACGACAUCUCAUAGCAGGACCGGCGUGGACGCCAUGCAAAGGAGUCAAAGCUACUCUUACCCUUCCGGGACCAUGGUUGGACAAUCGAGAUACUCUGCGACGCAUGCCAGCAGUUCGGCUUUCAGCGCGUCCGCAAACCCAAACGAAGACUGGACCAAGAUCUCGGACCUUGCGGAGAGACGUCGGAUACAAAACCGGAUCGCUCAGCGAAAUUAUCGCAAGAAGCUCAAGAGAAGGCUUGAGGACUUGGAGCGUCGCGCCGGUUCUUCUUCUGCCUCUCCCGAACAAUCACAUUCAGAACUCGUAUCGACGACAUCCAGAGACACAUCAAGCAGAUCACCUCAGCGCAUCUCACGUCAAGCCUCGGAUCCAGCGAAAUCGCACGAGAUACAGCGGGCAUCCCCAGAGAUCCUCCCUCUAGAUGAUCAUACCUCACUUUUUGAUACUCCCACUGCCCAACAUGCCUCACUGAACUCGCCCCCAGAGUUUUCCUUUUCGACUUAUCCACCCACAACAGCACAUCUUCAAUACGAGCAGCAGCAACUAGCAGCCUACGAAAACCACCCCGGCUACUACACGAGUUCGUACUACCCGGGCGUCACAUCUUCUAGCUUACCUCCCACGUUACCGGCAAUGCUUCCCUCAUCAUACAGCAAGCAAGAUCAUCUCUUCGGCGAUGACGAGUUUUUGAGUCCCUUCAAUAUGAAUUACGCGUCUUUGGCUGGCCUCGAAAUGCCCUCCAAUCAGACCUAUCAGGGGGGCCCUUCUCAUACACCGCCGCUCACAGACUGUUAUUCUGUGGACUCACCACAUAACUCACCCACUUACUUCGAAGUACCGCUGACACCGGUCUCUCGGGCAGCGAGUCCCAAUAUCCAGUUGAUCGACCUUGGCUACCGUUGGACGUCCUGAAGGAGUGUCUCCUAGCAGGGGUGUCAGUAUCACUCUCUCAGCGGGGUGAAUGAAUUUCACGACUUUUCCGGAAAUUAGCGGCAUUACCUUUGCGUGGGCAAGAUCAGGGCACGGGGCUUGGAAGCAUUUAUUACCAUUACCAUUCACGCGAGGAACCACAAUUCGGACAAAAGCAUCAGCUGUUGUACAUCUACAUUGAUUCUAAUGUGCCGGCACACGAGGGUCUAGGAAGGGCUCUUAUCGGCUGCAUGUGAGUCAAUAUAGGUUUUGAUACCAUAGAUACCGGGUAGGGCAAGCGGAAGGGCUUCUUUGGAAGAUGUCAAGAGUUGCACAGGAGGGCAACUGCCAGCAGCUUUGCCGAUACAGGGCAUCUAUCUAGCUGGUGUCUAUUCGAAAUUCCAAUUCCUCUCCAUACAGCAA